AACCGACGAGCAGUGGUGCGGUGUCGCAGUUGACAAAUCAGUGAAACGUACGGCCACGGAAGGCUUUUGAAACACUAGUGGGUCACAUUUUCGGUUUCAAAACCUGCGAUAUAGACCUGGCACUAACAAACCAAGCGGAGUCUUAUUCAUCGUGGUGGUUUGUGAUGUAUGAAUGGAUAGUUGACGGAUUAUCGUCGCUCUUCGUGCCUUUUUCUGGUGAGAAAUCCGCAGCCUGGCCUAGUGAGCACUGUAACGGUGUAGCUCGAGCCGCGGGCACAGACACGCAGCGGCUGGAGAACAGCAGGCCCGCCAAACGCAACUAUCAAAGUGUGUACUCCGCUGAUUGUGUGACAGAAUAUCCAGAGGUCAAAAGAGCAAGACAUGAUGUGAUCAUUAGGGUUGUCAAGAAGACUUUUGCAGGGAUUGCAGGGCUGUUCCGAUCAAGAUACCACAGAAAGGCAGAACAUGAAAAGCAGAAAGCCUUUUCGGAGGUUGGCAGGGUUGCUUUUAUGGGUAUUGAUGACAUACACAGCAACAGCCUGAGUUCAUGGAUUGAGAGUGACGGAAUGGAUAAACAGAUUGAACUGGGAGUUAAAAAUAAAGAAAGAACAGCAGCCAAUGUCCACCACAACCCCCAGGCUUUAUGGAAAUCAGAUGGUGCAAUGCUGUACAAGGGAAGCCAGGACAAGGGCAGGGAGAUGCGCAGAUCACUGAAGCUAGUGCCGUCUUGCACCACCCACGGGCUAAGUGCAAGACCAGCUGAGAUGGAGCAUCCAAUCCGCACACACAAACCUUGCCUGACCGUAGAGGAGGCACUGAGAGAGAGCGAUCGAGAGCAUUACAGGAAGCUAGUAGAGAUGGCAUCAGAGAAAUACUCAAAGAGCAAACCAUUGCCGUUUGGACGGAUGAAGCCUCCAAUCACAACUUUCUUGCUGGAUGGACACAAGGCAAAUGGGCACGCCUCCAUCAGUCGCACUACUGACAUAAGCAGACCUGCUCCAGUCAGAGCCAGUAUGUCUGUGUGGCGGGAUCCACUGAUGCAGACUAAAGACAGAACUAUAGAUGUUAAUCGAAGCACACUAGCAAGUUAUGUCAAGGAAGGAGCCUUGGAUAAUCAAACUCCUUUAGAUGUGGAUCUGUCAGCUGAGGUUGAAGCAAGGUUGAAUCUUAAGGAGAAAGACACAGCUGCAGGAUCCUCGCUACCAUCCAGAUCUGAACUGAUUACAGAUACAGUGAGGUGCAGUGAGGAAGAGUUUCCCAGACUGACCAAGGAGAUGCAGCAGGAAGUGAGUGCUGCUCUUGCUCAAACUGAUCCAAACCUGGUUCUGUGCAGUGCUUUCAAACUGCGUAUCACACAGAGGGAUCUGGCAACCCUGCAAGAGGGCAGCUGGCUCAACGAUGAGGUGAUCAACCUCUACAUGAAUCUAGUGAUGUCCCGCAGUGAGCAGGAAGUAGGGGACAGGAAGGUCUACUGUUUCAGUACCUUCCUUUUUCCCAAGUUGCAUAUCGGUGGACAUGCUGCAGUACGGCGGUGGACUAAGGCUGUAGACCUCUUCCUGUAUGACAUUUUUCUAGAGACAUUUGGCUUUAUAUUGGCCUGUUGCGAAAUUCCACCCAAUUUGUCUAACAGACAGUGGAUUGCUGGUUCCAGGCUGGGUUUGUUUGCACAAAUAACCAAUCCCAAACACUAA